AUGGAUGGUGGAGCUCAGCCGGCGGACACCGUGAUGUCGGAGGCGGCGCAACCGCUUCCAGGCCAGCUACCUCAGCUGACUACGGAGCACAUACCGGCGACACUGAGCCACGGCGGGCGAUUUAUCCAGUAUAACAUCUUUGGCAACAUUUUCGAGGUCACUUCUAAAUACAAACCCCCAAUCAUGCCCAUCGGAAAAGGCGCAUACGGCAUCGUAUGCUCGGCUUUGAAUUCAGAGACGAAUGAGUAUGUGGCAAUAAAGAAGAUAGCUAAUGCUUUUGAUAACAAGAUCGACGCGAAGAGGACCCUGCGCGAGAUCAAGCUUCUUCGCCACAUGGAUCAUGAAAACGUUGUGGCAAUCAGAGAUAUAAUACCUCCACCUCUGAGAGUCUCAUUUAAUGAUGUUUAUAUUGCGUAUGAACUUAUGGACACUGAUCUCCAUCAGAUCAUUCGUUCUAAUCAAGCACUAUCAGAGGAGCAUUGCCAGUAUUUCUUGUAUCAAAUACUCCGCGGGUUGAAGUACAUACAUUCAGCCAAUGUUCUGCAUAGGGACUUGAAGCCAAGCAAUCUACUUCUGAAUGCAAAUUGUGACCUAAAGAUAUGUGAUUUUGGAUUAGCUCGGGUCACAUCUGAAACCGAUUUUAUGACAGAAUAUGUUGUUACAAGGUGGUACCGGGCACCAGAGCUGUUGUUAAAUUCAUCUGAUUAUACUACAGCUAUUGAUGUUUGGUCAGUGGGUUGUAUUUUCAUGGAGCUGAUGGACCGGAAGCCAUUAUUUCCAGGUAGAGAUCAUGCGCACCAGUUGCGUCUACUUAUGGAGCUGAUUGGCACCCCGUCAGAGGCUGAGUUGGGAUUUUUGAAUGAAAAUGCUAAAAGAUACAUCCGGCAACUUACUCCUCAUCGCCGACAAUCAUUUACUGAAAAGUUUCCGCUCGUGCAGCCUCUUGCUAUUGAUCUCAUUGAAAAGAUGUUGACAUUUGAUCCUAGACAAAGGAUUACAGUCGAAGAUGCACUGGCACAUCCCUACUUGAACUCACUCCACGACUUAAGCGAUGAGCCUAUCUGCAUGAUGCCUUUUAGCUUCGACUUUGAGCAGCAUGCCCUGACCGAAGAACAGAUGAAGGAGCUGAUUUACCGGGAAUCUGUUGCAUUCAAUCCUGAGUAUCAUCACAUGUGA